AACGCAAUGUCAUGCGACGUUUUACACAUUAAAUCAUGUCACUCAAAUAUUAAAAAAGAAUAUGGUGGGGGUGGGUCACUUCGAGAACACUAUAAAUAUAGGAUGGUACUUAGAUGUGGUCAGGUCUCUGAACUUGCCUUUGACGCGAUUGUAUUUCAAAUCAACUACAGCUGAUUACUGCCUGUGUAUUACUUUGCUCUAUAUUCUACUAUUCAUCGGAAUUUUUUGGAAAAUUUAAAUGUCUGAACUUCAAAAUCAGUUUUCUAAAGUUAGAAGAGGCUGCAAAAAGCGUAUUCAACUCAAUGCAAACGAAAACGUUAGCGCAGACAAAUGGAUGUUUAAUUUCAGCGAAUGGAACUGUCAGGAUAUACGCAGACCACUUGGGGAAUUAUCGAAUACUUGUACAAAAACAUUGACACAGACUCCAAAUGUAUCUGAUAGUUCAACUGAGAAAAAACCUAGAGAUCAUGAUAGUACAGAUCAGAAUAAUAUAACCCGACGUAAUGAAAGAGAAAGAAAUCGUGUUAAGCUGUUAAACAUGGGAUUCGAUCGUCUGCGAGCUGUUGUUCCAUGUCGUUCAGGUGAACAACUAAGCAAAAUUUCUACUCUGAAGAAAGCAAUCUGGUAUAUUGAGCAUUUAGACAAAGUAUUACACGGGCAGGAAAAUUCAUGUUCGGAUUUAGCGGAUCAAUCAACAUUAUCACCGAUGCCACAAUCACCUACAUCCAACAAAUCAAUAAUAAAUGUGAAGGGUCAAGCUAAAUCAAUUACACCUAAAUCAGCUGGGUUAUUUGGAAUCAAUCACCGUGAGGCAAGAUCAGGGACCUCCUGGUCGUCUUUCGAGAAGGAUAUAUCACCUACUAAGAAUACAUCCAUUCAAGAAAGAAGAUCAGUCAACCAACCAUAUAUGUCACCCGUAUUUCCAACCUAUUGGGACUAUACUAGCAGCAAUGGCAUCCCUCCUACCAGAGAAAUGUUUUCGACACCAAAACUUGCUUCAACUCCAUCCAUCACGAAACAUGUCAGACACACUGAUGGAAUAACAAAUAGCUUUCCAUCACCUUCAGAUUUCUCAGUCUCAGAAUCCCGCAGUGAUUCUGGUUAUAAUAGUCCUAUGUUUGGGAGCAGACUACCAUCAGAGGUGAAUUUUUUCCCAGUAUCAAAAAGGUACCUGUCGUACUUUAGCACACCAACCACGACUGCAGUUGCCAAUUUAUUAAAUCCCGUCUAUGCUUCACCUGUCUCAACUAGCGAUCGGAUGAUUUUAUCUGAAUACAAUUCGUCCCAUAAUUUCCCUCGUACUCCAUGGUCGCUGAGUGAUAACUGUCCUCAGAAGCCAAGUUGAACUUGAAAAUCUAUAAGUAUACGGUACACAAAUACAUGGUGACUUUUUCGUCAUACUAUAAGUAUUAAGGUUAACCUGACAACCUUCUGGUGCAUGUAUCUGGAAAUGAUUGAGAAAACAUGAUGUGUAUUGGGUACGUAUUUUUCUCAUUGGAAUAACCGUCCAAACCACGAAUAAACAGGGAAUUUAAAUAGGACUUAGGAAUUACACCAAAAUGAAGCACAGAGAAUGGCACAAUCCAUCACAAACACAACGAAAAUAGCCAAAGGAAAGUUUGAUGCAGUCGUUAGUCAAUGACGUACUUUUCCUUAAUAUUAAUUAGACAUAUCUAUGUGAUUUUAAUGUCAUACAUAACCAUAAUCAUCUCUGCUUAACAGAAGCUUAUUGUUUUCUUGUUGUAAAACUGCUUAUAUCCCCUGUUUUACAAUUUAUAAAAUCAUUUAAAGGCCUGUUCGCAAGUUGUUGUUUUUUCAGAUGUAGCCUGCAUUAAGUAUAUGUCCAACAUUUUUUCAUCUUAUUUUUCUAUCGUUUAUCAAAAUACUUCUUAAUAGCUUUCAUUUUCUGUCAAUAAAUGCGCAUAAAAGAAUAAAA